GGCGGGGCUCCGGUGCCCGCCCCUCCCCCCGCCGGCUCGCCCUCCUCCCGCUCCGCUGCCGGUACCUGCUCGGAGCCUCCGCCGCCGCCCCCGCCAUGGACUCGGACUCCUGCGCCUCGCCCCCGCCGACCCCCGAGGACUUCUCCCCCGGCUGCUGCAAGAGGCGGCGGACAGUGGAGGACUUCAACAAGUUCUGCACCUUCGUCUUGGCCUACGCCGGCUACACCCCCUACCCGCAAGAGGACUCCUCUGUCCGGAGCAGCCCCAGCCCCGCCAACAGCACCGGCGGCACCACCGACAGCGACAGCGGUGGGGAGCCCCGCUUUGGCGACCUCCCGCAGGCCGCCUCCCUGCCGGCGAAGAAGUCCCGGAAGAGCUUCAGCCUGCUCAAGCACAGCAAAGCCUACUCGGCCCUGUGCCAGUGGGCAGCCGAGCCCCACGGCGGCUUCCGGGCAGAGCGGAAGGCCACCAAGAAGCAGGUGUGCAGGAAGAGGCAGCUGCUGGGGAGGGGCGCGGCCGUGCCCCCCCGGGAGGAGCCCUAUGGGGAGCUGGGGCCCCUGAGCCCCUCCUCCGAAGGCGACGCGCAGUCCUCCGCCGAACGCUGGGACUCGGACACGCCGUCCAGCGCCUCCUCGUACCCGCCGGCGGCCCCCGAGGAGCAGGGCCUGAUCCAGACGGUGGGCAAGCGCACCAUCAUCCGCCAGGGCAAGCAGGUGGUCUUCCGCGACGAGGACGGCAGCGGGGACGACGAGGACAUCAUGGUGGACUCAGACGACGACUCCUGGGACCUGGUGACCUGCUUCUGCCUGAAGCCCUUCGCCGGGCGCCCCAUGAUCGAGUGCAGCGAGUGCCACACCUGGGUCCACCUCUCCUGCGCCAAGAUCCGCAAGGCCAACGUCCCCGAGGUCUACGUCUGCCAGAAGUGCCGGGACGCCAAGUUUGACAUCCGGCGCUCCAACCGCUCCCGCACGGACUCUCGCCGGCGCUUCCUGGACUAGCGGGCGGAGGGGGGCCGCUGCCGAGAGGGCCCCGCCGAGGAGCACCAGGCUCCGGCCGGCCAAGGAGGAGCGGAAACGCAGGCGGGGCGGGUUGCCUCCUGCCGGGGGCCCGCCUGAGCCGCCGCCGCUGCUGCUGCUGCUGGGAAAGGGGCCGGCCCAGAACGCCAGAAGGGCCUGGGGGAGGCCGGGGCCACGAGAAGGAGCCCCUGCCCAGCUCUGGGGGCCCUCGCUCCUUCCCCCCCAUCUCAGAUCCCAGUGGGAAGGGGCGAGGUUGGCUGGCAGCCCCCGACAUGCCCCGAGAGGGGAUGAGGCAGGCUGAGAAUCAGAGGGACAAGGGGCUUCCCUCCUCUGGGACCCCCCUCAGCGAUGCGGGGACAUGAGCAAGCUGCCGCCCACCUGGCGGGUUGGGGCCGCAGGGAAGCACCACCGCCUCCCUCCCUCCCUCCCUCCCCCCACUAAGGGACCUCUGGCUCCUCCGGUAGAAGCCACCCUUUGGCUUCCAGCAGCUCAGUGGGGGAAGCCACCCCCUCCUGGCGAGGGCCACAGCUCCCCUGGCUUCUCCCCCCCCCCCCCCGGAUCCUGACGGCUUUGGCCUCCCGCUCGGGCUUUCCUUGAGGAGGGCCAGGCAGGAAGAGGCAGGGAAACGGCUUGGGGGGCUGGCUGAGAGGUCUCUGGGGGAGGGAGCCAGCUGGACUCUUGCUCGCGGAAGGCUUCUGGGCUGGAAGUCAGGCGAGUGGCCGUUCCGGGGUGGAGGGGGAACCUGCCCCCCCCCCGCUGGCUCGCCAUGGGCUUAACAAGCACCUGCUGUGGGUUCUGACCUUGGAGCUGCUGGGGGGGGGUGGAUGCAAAGAGGCCAAAGGUGCUUCCCUUGCAGCGGCCAGAUGGUGCAGUGGGUGGAUCCUUGUUGGAGAGAAGAUUCUGCGGCCGAUGGGGCCACGAGCUGAGGGGAGAGCUCUUCUUAAAUUAUUUAUUAUUAUUAUUAUUAUUAUUAUUUUGCAUUUAUAUCCCGCUCUUCCUCCAAGGAGCCCAGAGCAGUGUACUACAUUCUUGAGUUCCUCUUUCACAACAACCCUGCGAAGUAGGUUAGGCUGAGAGAGAAGUGACUGGCCCAGAGUCACCCAGCAAGUCUCAUGGCUGAAGGGGGAUUUGAACUCAGGUCUCCCCGGUCCUAGUCCAGCACUCUCACCACUACACCAUGCCGGCUCUUUUAAGGGGGGGAAGGGAAGGUGGAGACCCAGAUGGAGCACCCGCAGCAGUCAGGGUUGUGCGUCUUCUUCCUUCUGGAUGUGAGCCUGUGCAGGGCCUUGAGCGGAGGGUAGGGAACAGGGAGGGGUGGGUAAUCCGCCACCCCCAGCAAGUUCCGGCAGGACGGCUUUGCAGCCCCCCGUGUGAUCUUCUCCCUCGAGAGCACACUUGCGGGGAGAACUUGGCUCUCCGGUGCAGGAGGUGGGAUUGGGGUUUUCCUGGGGCUUUGGCCACUGGCCGCAGGGUUUCCGCCUCAGGCUGCUGUCCUUGCUCUGUGGGGCGGGUCAGAGGCUUUGGGAAGCAGCUGGCUUGGGCUCUAUGGGUCACAGUGGGGCUUGGGCGCGAGAGGAGGCUCCUGCUGGGGUCCAGCUCGAGCGUCUUGUGCAGCGCUUUCCCAGCCUCGGGGCCCCAGAUUGUCCGCCCCAGCCGCAAUGACCGGGCUGAUGGGCGUUGGGAGGAGGGUGUCCUCAUGGCAGUAGUUCUUGUUCUGUUUCCCUUUUUAUCACAUGGGGGGGGGGGCGCGUCUCAAACCUCGGCUGGUUGGGUUGUCAGCAGAAAAAUAAACAGCCGCAUGUUUGUGAGUUUAUCCAUGUACCAUCUCAGUCCGAGAGCUUUGAUUUUUAAAAAUAAAAUAUUUUUUUUUCCUU